UUAUCGCCUGUGCAAUACACUUUUUUCAGUUUACAUCGAAUGUUGCGUACAUGUUUAAAACAAGUUAACCAUUUCCUGCUCAAAAGCAAAAUGGAAAAUGGCUAGAGUAAACCAGCAUAAAGCUCGCAAUCUGUUCAGGUUUUAUGCUGUCUGCUGCUAUAUACGUAUCGUAGAGUUGAAAAUUGAGUCUUUAAAAAUUGAAUCUAGUAAGAAAGUUUUUUUUUAAAUAUGAUUUUCUAAGGGACUACAACCGCAUCAAAGUGGGUUUCUGAGUUAAGUUAAAUGGAUAAUUCGGGAGAAUUACACGUGUUGGAAGACCUAAAGAACAAACUGGACAGCGAACUAGAUACGGCUCAGCGAUACCAGAUGCUGCGGUUAAUGAAGCACCAUCUCGGGUCCCAGUAUUAUGAAAUCAUGGAUGAACAAUGGAUGCCUAGAGAUUUACUUGAGUGCUUGGAAAAUAAUAUGCCGACAUCACAGGUCUUAACCAUACUUUCACACGUCUUCGGUGAGAUGCAAUUGCACAAUACAACCUCAUAUAAACCGUUUACAGACUAUAUCAGUAAAUACUUUAUGGCAAAAGGAUGCUUUAACCGCGUGGAUAUGAUUGGACGAACAAAGGAGCUGGCAGAUGUGGAAAGGGAACUUGAAAAGCGGAGAGGGGUCUGCGUGUAUGGGCAAGGUGGUCUCGGCAAAACAACGCUGAUUAAUGAAGUGUGUACACGUUGGACGUAUAUGAAAAAGUCCGUGAAGAAAGUGAACCUUAAAGAAACUAACAGUAUACGCACAAUGCUGGCGUUGAUUUUCAAACAGUUCAAUGAAUCGUUCAUCGAAGAUGAAGGAGAUGAUGUGAACCUUGAAACAGUAGCAGUUUGCUUAAUUGAGGCUUGCAAAGACGACGCUGGGAACACCAUGCUGUUUUUGGAUAAUGUAGAGAAUGUAUAUGACAAUGAAAGACAACCAUUCCAGUCUACUAUGAGUUCUCUUUUGCGGAAUAAUAAUAAAAUCAAAUGGAUAAUGACGUCACGAUUACCUCUUGAAAAUAUAGAAGGAGAUCUGCGCCACUACCAGCUAGGGCCAAUGCCACCAAAAGACGCUGAAAAGCUUUUGGAAAUGUCUUGCAAGCCAAAAUCGUUACCGGAAGUUUAUAAGGUGGCAGUGCUUGACAAAUGUGGCAACGUUCCUCUUGCAAUUAAAACUGUCGCCGUAGCAUUGGUGAAUGAUUUAAGCACUGAUAACGAUAUAAAACUAUCCGUAAGCGAGUUGGAGCAUCGUGUACGCUUAUUACUCCAUGGAACGUUCGAAUGCAUAGGCUAUGCUUUUAAUAAGCUUUCUACGUCUUUACAACACUCUCUAAGAAUGCUUUCAGUGGUUGGGACUAUUCCAAUUGAUUUAGAGUGUAUAGAGACAAUUUUGAAUCUGAGCCCAGAGCCUUUGAAUCGAUUAAUGUCGGAAUUGGUCUUACGCCAGUUUCUUCAACCGGAAGCACCGGCUGUAGGUGAUUUACUAUUUGAUCGCAAGUGUGUUCGUUACUCUUUGCAUCCAUUAAUCGUACAGUUCUUUAAUAAAUGGCUUCACAAAAAUACGUUUAAACCUGAACUGAUGAUGAAUGCAAACAAACGGUUUUGUAUGUAUAUUCAAUGCAAAAUCAAGAAACUUAUCGGGCAAUUUGAUAAAAACUAUACACAAUCUGUAACUGCAGUGCAAGAAAACAGUGAAUUGUUUCACAAGUUUUUGGAAAUUGUUCCAUUACUAGACAUUAAAGAUAGUAAACAUUAUGAAGAGGAGGGUGCUCGCGAAGCCUUAGGACAAGUUGCAGAUUGUGUGAAAAUGUCUCCGAACGACAGGUCAAGAUUUUACGAGAAGUUUUCUAAGAGUUUUCUGGCGGUAAAUGACUAUUCUUCGUAUUGUUAUUGGCGACUAGAAGCAAUGAAAGCGUUCUUGAUUGCUAAAGAUUUAAGUGAAGCUUCACGAGUUCUUGAUGACAUCGAAACCAAAUUACAACUUUUGAGUAAUCAUGAAAUGCAGAAAAAUAUAACAGUUAAUAUUCUAUUUCAAAAGAGUCGCUUGCUACGUUUGAAAGAUAUACCGAUCAACGAAACAAAGGUUAUUGAGAUUUUAGAUAAGUCAUUGGAAAUGAGCAAACAGCUAGAAAUUCAAGACCCAAACAUGGCAGUUCUUAUAUCAAAUAUUGAAAACCUCAAAGGAAACGUGUGUUUUGAUGUGCAUAAAUACGACGAAGCAUACUUUCACCACAGAAAGGCUGUUCACAUUUUGAGACAGUAUAUUAAGGAUAAGGAUCACCCGUACAUUACUGUGUAUGAAUUUAAUAUUGGAACUGUAAUACUCCAAAAGGCAGAAACUCUUCUUCAAGACGAACUAUUUAUACCUGAAGAGAUAAACACAUAUUAUCUUGAGGCUUUGGAUAUAUUCAAUAAAGCGAUUGAACGUGAUCGAAACAUGGGAAGACAUUAUCGGCCCCAGUUUGAAGCGAAAUUAAGCUACAGGGCUAAGGCACUGGAGCGACUAUCAAGAUAUAAAGACGCAUUAGAUGACCGCAAUGAAGCAAUUCAUCUUGUGAAAAAUCACUUCGACGUUCAUACAGUACUUACAGAUGCGUACUUCAUGAAAGCUCAAACGCUUAACAAAUGGAUCUUGAAAAUUCAAUUAGAUGAAGAAAACCGCAAGCAACAAAAAGCAUAUAUGAAUACUUUAAGGGAUGUCCAUGGAUUAGUUCUAGAUGGCGCUCCUUUGUCGGAACACCAUAAGUCGAAAUUUCUUGACAUGUACCGAAGUUUUGCAAAGAAGAUGCCGGUGACUGAGAAGUCGAAAGUUGAAGAUUUUUGCAAUAGAUACGAAAUGGGAAGACCCUUUGAAUCAGAUUCUGAGUCGGACAGUUCUGAAUCCGAUAUGAAUUAUGAAGCUUCAUCAGAGGAACUAUCUGUCGAUAGUGGAACAGAAGAACAAAUGGACACAAAUCACGAAAUGUUACAUAACUCAUUCGAGUCGUCACACGGUAUGACACCAGCAAAUAGUUCUCGUAAAAGGUCACGGCAUGACUCUGACUCCGGGUCUGAUGACAGCAUCACCGUUGAUCCUAGAUAUGUGCAAAACUUUAAGUAGACGUUUUGACAAUACAUUAUAAGUGUUACAGAUGUGAUUUUUUGUAAGACAAUCUAUAUGAAUACUGAUUUGGGUGUUUGUGUUUAAUCAUUAACAUUCUUAUUAUUUUUUUAAUACUUAUACAUAAGUUUUCUGCGAAUAACGUAACAAUGCUUUUUGUAUGUGUUGUUUCCAUUUAUUUUCACACAUAGUAUGGCAAAGUAAUCGCACACUUUUAUGCAUCUAACUUGUAAUGAAAGUCGUGAUCUGAAGUAUGAACUCACGAGCUCUUGCAAUAUUUUAAGAACAUAAGGCAUGGAAUCCAUAACAGAUGCGACGAAAUACAUGUGUUCAAGAAAUGAGAAAAAAGGCUGGUCUCAAAAACCUAUUAUUGAAAAGAAUGUGCAUUAUGUUUAUUACUACAUAUUUACAUGUUUAGUAUCCGUAUCCUGUCCUCAUUCAGGGGCAAACCAUAACAAAAUCUGAAAAACGUUUAAGUAUGUCAUACCAUGUCUUAACUUUUCCUAUUCAAGCACCCGAUCUAAAAAUAUGUGCGUGAAACAAAUUGAUUAAAUAAGAAAUAACCAAAUGUUGAUUCCAUCGUGAUUCCAAAAGGUUCCUCAGUAUAAAAAGUUAAGACCGUACAUAUUGGAUAUUCAUUUUUACAUACCGUACUGCUUGGUUUACUGCUGGCUAUAAAGCGAACAGCAAAACGUUUAAAUUCUAUUUUCGAAAAGUCGAUGAUGCAAUGAUGUCUGCGUAAGUCACCUAUUAAAGUGCUGAUACAAGACAAACGAAACAUGGCUAUAGUGUUCAUACAGCAAUGUUAAAUAAACGCGACUAUUACAUGUGAGGUGUCAUCUGCGAAUAUGAAGGCCCCUUUUGCUCUGCAUUAUGCCGUUUUAAAUGAGUACUCUUAAGCAUAAUCGAUAGUGAUAAUAAGCACCACACACUUGCGUGUGUACCUGAAAAUUCGAUUUUCGGACCAGUCGGAUGCACAUGUGACCACCAAACCCCCACACCCGCUACAACAC